AUGGAGAAGAUACUCAUUUUCGUCCUUGUUGCCACAACUCUGAUAAUAAGCAGGGAAAGCUGGGCUCUGGAAAAUUGUUCCCAGGAGCUGGCACGGCUCAGAUCCCAGGUACACCAACUGGAAACCCGAGUCAAACUGCAGCAAGUCACAAUUGGGCAGCUUUUGCAUGAGAAGGAAGUCCAGUUCCUUGAUAAAGGACAGGAGACUAACAUCAUUGACAUUGGAGGCAAGAGGCAAUAUGCAGAUUGUUCAGAGAUUUUCAAUGAUGGAUUUAAGAACAGUGGAUUUUACAAGAUCAAACCCCUUCGGAGCUCAGCAGAAUUCUCUGUUUAUUGUGAUAUGUCUGAUGGAGGAGGAUGGACUGUAAUUCAGAGACGGUCUGAUGGCAGCGAGAACUUCAACAGAGGCUGGAGUGAUUAUGAAAAUGGCUUUGGAAAUUUUGUCCGAAGAAAUGGUGAAUAUUGGCUGGGUAAUAAAAAUCUUCACCUACUGACAAUACAAGGAGACUACACUUUAAAAAUUGACCUUGAAGAUUUUGAAAAAAAGAGCCGUUAUGCACAAUAUAAAAAUUUCCAGGUUGGAGAUGAAAAGAAUUCCUAUGAGUUGAACAUUGGUGAAUAUUCUGGAACAGCUGGAGAUGCCCUCUCAGGAAAUUUUCACCCCGAGGUGCAAUGGUGGGCUGGCCACCAAAGAAUGAAGUUCAGCACAUGGGACAGAGAUAACGAUAAUUAUGAAGGAAAUUGUGCAGAUGAAGAUCAGUCUGGCUGGUGGUUUAACAGGUGUCACUCUGCAAACCUGAAUGGCAUAUACUACCAAGGCCCCUACACAGCCCAAACUGACAGUGGGAUUGUCUGGUACACUUGGCAUGGAUGGUGGUAUUCUUUGAAAUCUGUAGUCAUGAAAAUCAGACCAAAUGACUUUAUUGCAAAUAUUCUUUAG